AUGGCGGAGGACGGCUACGACGAGUACGAGGAGUGGCAGCUGGUGGGCGAUGCCUACUACUCCCGCCGCGAGCUGUACAGGCUCGAUUGGGGCGGCGGCGGCAGCGGCGGCGGCGGCUCCUUUGACCUCGCCUUCAUGCGCGUGUUCCCCGCGCCCGCGGGCGGCCCCAUCGCCGCGCUGCGGGACGACUCCAAGCUGGUGCUGUAUGUGGGCGGCUUCACCAAGCCGGAUGUGCAGGUUUUCAGCGGGGCGGGGGCGCCGCUGGGGCGCGUGCUCUGGGACGGCGGCCACGUGCUGGCCGCGGGGUGGACCGCAGGGGAGCAGCUGCUGGUGCUGGAGGCAGGGGCCAAGGUGCACAUGUUCAGCGUGCGAGGCGAGCGCCUGCCCCGCCAUCUCUCCCUGGGCGCCGAGUGCGAGGAGGAGGGCGGGGUGGAGGCGGCGGUGUUGUUCCGGGACGGACUGGCGCUGCUGACGCCCGCGGGGCACCUCUGGUGCGUGCCCGACGUGCACGAGCCGCGCCUGCAGCGCUUCCCAGACCCCGCCCCCGGCCUGGGCGGCGGCGGCUCGGGAGUACACUGCAUGGCGGUCAUACCCCCCUCCGCCUCGUCCUCGGGAGCCCUGGAGUUGAUAGCAGCGGUGGAGGACACUGUGAGGGUGAUAGAUGCCAACGAGGCGCUGCCCACCCCGGUGUUCGAGGGGCCCAUCCUGAGGCUGGCGGUGAGUCCGUGCGGCAAGUUUGUGGUGGGGUACGGCCAGGACGGGACCAUCCACGUGUGGAGCUCAGACCUGUCUGAGGUGAUGACGCGCGUGGGGCUGGCAGAGACGGAGCUGGACCUUGUGGACUCGCUGGGGGCAGACGCUGUGCCCGACACGCUGCCAGACCAGCUGGUGUGGUGCGGCAGCGACGCGGUGCUGCUCUUCUGGGAGGGCCUGGGCGCGCUGCUGGUUCCGCUGGAGGGCGGCUGGCGGUGGUGGGAUGUGGGCGGCGGCGGCGCCGCGGCCUUUGCCACUGAAGUGGACGGCGUGCGCAUCAUCACCGGCGGCGCCCACCAGCUGCUGCGGCGCGUGCCGCCACCCGCGGCCCGCGUUUUGGAGCUGGGAUCCACCCACCCGGGGGCGCUUCUCUACGACGCACGGCGGCUGUUUGAUGCGCAGGACGCGCGCGCCACGGCGGCGGCCGCGGAGCUUGACCCUCUCAAGCAGGCGGCCCUACUCAAAGCCUCCUGCUACGGCCGCGCCUUCACCGCUCUGGAGCCCGGGGCCGGUGGCCCCAGGGUCGGCGCGUCGCCCGGGCCAGGUGCUGGCGGCAGCGGCGGCGGCGGGAGCCGGGCGGGCACCCCAUCGGGAGGCGGCGGCGGCGGCGGCGGCGGCGGCGGGCGGCCUCGGGCGGUGGAUGUGGCCAGGAGGCUGAGGGUGCUGAAUGCACUGAGGGACCCCGCCAUCGGCAUGCCCCUGACCAUGCCCCAGCUGGAGGCCGAGGGCCUGCCUGCGGUGGUGUCCCGCCUCGUGGGACGCCGCCACUACCUGCUGGCGCACCGCAUCUGCCAGGCGCUGGCGCUGCCCAGCGAGCAGGUGCUUGUGCGCUGGGCGUGCGACAAGGUCACCGCCGCCGCCGCCACGCUGCCGGACGAUCAGCUGAUGGAGGCACUGCAGGCUAAGCUGGCGGGGCAGUGGGGCGUGAAGUACGCUGCGGUGGCGGCGCACGCGGCGGCGCAGGGGCGGCGCCACCUGGCCGCGCUGCUGCUGGAGCACGAGCGCUGCGCGGCGGAGCAAGUGCCGCUGCUGCUGGAGCUGGGGGAAGACGAGCGGGCGCUGGACAAGGCUGUUGAGUCUGGGGACUCGGACCUUGUGUUCCAGGUGGUGCAUGCAAUGUGGCGCCGCCUGGAGAGGGCCACGGCUGCGGCGGCCGCCGGCGGCGGCUCCGCGCGGCCUGGCUCCGUGGCGGGGGCCAGCCAGGACCGGUUCUGGCAGGCGGUGGCGCGGAAGCCGGCUGCGCUGGCCUUCUUCGCCAAGUACUACCGGCAGCAGGACCCCCAGCUUCUGCUGGAGCUGUAUCAGGCCAUGGGGCAGCAGGAGGCGGCCGCCGAGCUGCACCUCCAGGCAGCCCUUGAGCUCGCUGCAGGCGAGCAGGCGCACGCCGCCGCGCUGGCAUGGUGCCAGCAGCCACAGCACCCUGGCUGCUGCGUUGCUUGCGUGCAGAGGCAGUGUGGAAAGGCCACGGAGACGGCUGUACAGAGGGAGCUGGCCCGCAGCAAAGAUGCCUACACCCGCUCAACAGACGCGGCGCAGGGGCGGGACCACAAGUGGGAGGCGGCGGCGGUGCAGGCGCUGGCACGGCUGCGCGAGCAGCAGCUGGAGCUGCAGAGCAGCAGCCGUCGGGAGGGGUUUGUGGGCCUGCCUGUGGCCGACACCAUCAAGCUCUGCCUGCGGCUGGGCCUCAAGGACCAGGCCACCAAGCUGGCACGAGACUUCAAGGUGCCCGACCGCCACCUGGGCCUGCUGGGAGCCCAGGUGCUGGCGUCGCAGCACGACUGGCGCGCGCUGCAGGCGAUGGCGGGGCGGGCGGACCGCAAGGCGGGCCUGUCCAUGGAGCAUUUUCUGGCGGCGGCCAGGGCCCACGGCGCGCCCGCCGAGGUGCAGCGCUGGUUCAUCGACCGCAUAACCGGAGAGGGCGCGCUGCUGCGCAAGGCGCAGCACUACAGCGAGCUGGGCAUGCCCGCCCAGGCUAGGCUUCUGAUGGAGCAGGCGGAGCAGCAGGGCGGGUCGGCGGCGGCGGGCAUGCUGGACAGCCUGCGCGGCACCAUGGGCAGCCUUGUUAGCCGCGUGCAGGCGCAGGGCGGCGGCGGCGGCGGCGCGCGGUAG